UUCUUCUUCUACUUAGCGCCGUCGUUCAAUCUCUCUAAAACCCCUUCUCAAGCGAGAAGUUCUUCAAUCUUCUUCGUGUGGCGUCCUUAUUAAACCACCUUACCUCCUAGGUUAAGAGAAGAGUAAAGCUACAAUCUUUCUUCCUCAGUUUGUGUGAUAUUCAAAGAUGUCAUUUGAAGAUGAUUUUGUGGAAGAUGAUGAGAUGAACAUGAUUGAUGAAGACCAAGCAUCUGACUCCGAAGCUGAAUCUCUUUCCGAUUCAGAUGACAACGACACCACUGAGAAGUUAUCCGAGCCGACAAAGACAGCUGUAUACAACAGAGACGGGCUUCUUGAUAAGCUUCAAGACAUUAGCUGGCCAGAAGACGUUGACUGGACUCACAAGCUCACCGUCGAGAUCGAGCAAGGACAAGCCGUCGACGUGAACGACGACCUCGCUAGAGAGAUGGCUUUCUACACUCAAGCCCUCGAAGGAACGAGGCAGGCCUUUGAGAAGCUCCAGGAGAUGGGACUACCCUUUCUAAGGCCGGCUGAUUACUACGCGGAGAUGGUGAAGUCAGACACGCACAUGGAGAAGGUGAAGUCUAAGCUUCUGUACGAGAAGAAGCAGAUGGAGGAGGCGGAAGAGAGGAGGAAAGCUAGGGAUAACAAGAAGAUGGCUAAAGAAGUGCAGUCUCAGAAGAUGAAGGAGAGGGCCAAGCAGAAGAAGGAUGAGAUUGAGUCUGUUAAGAAGUGGAGGAAACAGAGGCAGCAGAGUGGGUUUAGUGAGAAAGGUGGGGCGGGGGAGCUUGAUCUUGAGUUUGGGAAUGGGAAGAGUUUCCAGAGAGGAGGUGGUGGUAAGAAGAGGCCUGGUGUGUCUCCUGGUGAUAGGUCAGGAGGGAAAGGGAAGGCUACUUCGAGGAUGAACAAUAAGAAGAGGGAGUUUAGGGACUCCAAGUUUGGUCAUGGUGGUAGGAAAGGGUUGAGCAAGCAGAACACUGCAGAGACGACUAAUGAUUUCAAAGGCGGGUUUCGUGGAGGCAAAGCUGGUGGAAACAAGAGACAGAAGAGAUAGAACAAGGUUUGUUCAUCUAUAAACCCAUAAACUAUUUUGUUCAUCUUUGGAUUAUUAUGUAUUGAGAGAAUGUUUUUUUUUCUUGGUUUGUAAGACGGGUUUUAGGACCAAUAUCUUUAGUGGCAAUGUUGUACUAAUGAUUACUAUUAACAAAGGUCCAUUUGUUUCAAAGAUAACAAGAUGUUUCUUCUUUGAA